AUGUCUUCUAAUAUAGUUAAUUCACAACUUGGGCAAAGUUCACAAAAUUCGAACCAAAUGUCCAUUAGUAUGCCAACUCAAUCCACAAUUUCUGAAGAAUCACCACAAAGUUACAGUUGUAGUGUGAGCAGUGGCAGUUCAACUAUUUCAAAUAAUACACAACUGGAGAUAUCACAACAGCCACAGCAGCCACAGCCACAGCAAAAACCAGUAAUUCAACCACCUCAUUCACCUUCCCGCACAAAAAAGUUGGUGGACAAAUUCGCUACGCUUUCCCCAAGAAUCAUGAAAAAUAAAUCUGAUAGACAAUUAAUUGUAGAAACUGCCUAUUGUAACCGAAAUGCAAAAAAGGAUAAUACACAGUCUGAACAGCGGCCUAAUAAAGCGGUAGAAACUGUGAAACAUUCAAAAAAGAAAAAGCGUGCACCAAUCAACAUAACCGAAGGAAUGUCACGAGCUGAUAUAUUUGCUGCUAAUGUUGCCAGCGCUGUAGAUGCUGCUGAAGAUGCUGAUGAAGAAGAAGAUUAUAUAUAUAGCAACGAUCACUCUCGCGCAUCAUCUGUGACGAGUUUAUCUAGUGGACCGCCGCAAUUACAGCCAUUUUCAUACCCACAUAUGCCAUCUGAUAAUAAUUAUGGAUAUCCUUCUUAUCACAUGCCUCCUAAUAUGUACGGUGCGAUUCCAAAUUCACACCGCCCAUACAGUAAUUAUUUACAUCGUCCUCCGUUUUACGGUUAUUACAAUAACACAUCUGGAACAGACAAUGUAGCUCCAAACCAAUUUAAUCGAGGCGGUUCACAAAAUGAUUUUAAUAACCACAAUACUUAUAAAUCAAAUGGAGUUAUGCGAUCCUCACUACCCGACAUGUCUCAAUAUGUCUUUCAAUAUAAAAAGGGAUACCCUAAUUAUGGAUCUUCAAAUUAUCCUUAUAAUGCUUACAAUGAUUGGUAUGCUGAUGAUGAAAGAUUACCAUUAUUUGCACCAAAUUAUGAGACGCGCCAAAGACAAUCAUGCGUCCCGACAAUGUCUUCUUUAACAGUAAUCAUCGUAUUCCUUUUGGCAUCCUCUUAUUUAUUAUAUUUUGCAUCCACACGUCCAUUAACGGAUGUUAGUAUUACUGGUAUAUCAGAUAUUCUUGCCGCCGAUACAGAACUUAUAUUUAACAUUCAUGUAAAGGGCCGUAAUUACGGCCUUUGGAAUAUUGAGAUUGUAAGAUCAGAUCUUACCGUCUUUGCCACACCUAUAAAUAGUGUACCUGGUGGAAUUCCUGGUGGACCAGGAAGUCACUGGGACGAUGCCAAGGAUAGUGAACCUAUAAGUGAGGUUACACCUAGUGAACUAGGAAGUAUAUUACUUUUCGAUGAACCCCUCGUAUUUGCUGCUGGAUUUAAUAAAACAGGCGUAGUAAGUGAGCCGUCGGGACAAGUUAGAUUGAGAAAUCCUGGUGGCGAAGAAGGCCAAGAACGAUGGUCUUAUAUUGUAAGGCGACAAUAUGAUUUAACUAUACGUGGAUUUUUUAAAUAUAGUUUACCGUUCUCAAAAGAUCGUGUCGUUCGGGUGUGUUACGUAACAAGAGUAGAUGGUGGCAGCGAUUCAAGUGUUGGAUCAGAUGAUGGCCAUGACGAUAAACUUAUAAGUAAUAUAAGUAAUAUUGAUAAUGUCAUAAUGGGAGCAUGUGGUGACUGGGAAAAAGAGCAAGAUGAAUGA